CCGGAAGUGACACUCGAUAUCUUGAUGCGGAAGAGAUUAAUAAGAACUGAAGAACUGUCACCAAAAUGACAACAAAACACUAACCAGAGCCAAUAACGUCGUAUUAUAGCUAUUGCACGUUGAUCUACUGAGACGAGUGACAUUUUACGGUGUGUUAUUUUGACCAUCGUACGUAACCAGCACCCAUGGCUAAUAACAAUUUACAGAAAGCAAUAGAUCUUGCAAGCAAGGCUGCAGAGGAGGACAAGGCUAAAAACUACGAGGAAGCUCUCCGGUUGUACCAGCAUUCCAUUCAGUACUUCCUUCAUGUUGUUAAGUAUGAGACCCAGGGAGACAAGGCCAAGCAGAGCAUCAGGGCAAAGUGUGCAGAGUACCUGGAUCGAGCAGAGAAGCUGAAGGAAUACUUGAAGAAGAAGGAUAAGGCCCCUCCAGCCAAGCCUGUCAAAGAGUCCGGCUCUGAUGAUAAAGGGAAUGACAGUGAUGAAGGUGAAGGUGACCCAGAGAAAAAGAAGUUUAAAAAUCAACUCUCAGGGGCCAUCGUCAUGGAAAAGCCAAACAUCAAGUGGAAUGAUGUAGCUGGGCUUGAGGGUGCAAAGGAGGCCCUUAAAGAAGCUGUCAUCUUGCCCAUCAAAUUCCCUCACCUCUUCACAGGAAAGCGAACUCCAUGGAGAGGGAUCCUGCUGUUUGGCCCUCCUGGUACAGGGAAGUCUUAUCUGGCCAAGGCUGUGGCCACAGAAGCCAACAACUCCACCUUCUUCUCUAUCUCUUCCUCUGACCUGGUGUCCAAGUGGCUGGGGGAGAGUGAAAAGUUGGUGAAGAACCUGUUCAGCCUGGCCAGGGAGAACAGGCCCUCCAUCAUCUUCAUCGACGAGAUAGACUCUCUGUGUGGAUCCAGGAGUGAGAACGAGAGUGAAGCAGCCCGCCGCAUCAAGACUGAGUUCCUCGUCCAGAUGCAGGGUGUUGGAAAUGACAAUGAGGGAGUCCUGGUUCUAGGAGCCACAAACAUCCCCUGGACCCUGGACUCUGCUAUUAGGAGAAGGUUUGAGAAGCGGAUCUACAUCCCUCUGCCUGAGGAGCACGCCCGCUCCUUCAUGUUCAAGCUGCAUCUGGGCUCCACCCCCAGUGAGCUCACUGAAUCAGACUAUGUGACCCUGGGUAAGAAGACGGAAGGCUACUCUGGAGCAGACAUCAGUGUCAUCGUAAGGGACGCCCUCAUGCAGCCAGUCAGGAAGGUGCAGUCGGCCACUCACUUUAAACGGGUCCAAGGGUCAUCAUGGAACCAUCCCAACCUCGUGGUAGACGACCUCCUGACCCCAUGCUCACCAGGAGAUCCAGACGCCAUUGAGAUGACCUGGAUGGAUGUUAAUGGGGAGAAACUCAUGGAGCCGAUUGUUUGCAUGGCUGAUAUGCUGAGGUCACUGCACAACACCAAGCCAACUGUGAACGAGCAGGACUUGGACAAGCUCAAGAAGUUCACAGAGGACUUUGGUCAGGAGGGCUAACACUCAACCAAAUAAUGCAAAAGCAACUUUCCUUUCUCAUAUCCUUUUCCUCCACUGGUUCUCAGGCCUGUAUUUACUACUCUACUUUCUCUCCACAAGUAGCAAAGGGGCUUCAUGUUUCAUGUAUGUUUAUUUGUUGACUUAUUUUGUUAGUUGCCAAUACAUACCCAUAGUAUAAUAUUUUUUGUUUUUUUACAAAGACAGAUAAGGUUGAAGAUGGUGAUGGUCUCAAAGAAUAUGGAUUCAAGCAAAGUAUUUAUAAUUGAUGGUUUAAAACACUAAAGUGUCUGUUUUGGCCUUGAUGGCAUCAAACAAACAAUGCAUGCUAUUGUGCAUUACAGUAACUACUCCAAAAGGCCUUUACUCCUUUAAGUGCAUCUAUGGUUUGACAAGAUGGAUGAGGAUUGCCUGUUUUGUUGUACUGUAAUGUGUUAGGACCUUGUUUACCAAGGUUUUCUCUUUUUUUUUAAUAUAUCAUUUUUCUUACCAAGAAGGGCUAUGUCUGUGAUUUUGACUCUGUUGAUGGAGCAGCACUCAUUGAUGAGGACCAUAACUACCAGCAACUUUAAUGAUUACAAUUUUCUUUCAUCAGUUUUCAUGUAGAGUAUAUUCAUAUUGUUUUUCUGUAUGCUGUUUUUGAAAGAAGAUGUUAGUCUGAGUGCCUUGCUGGUCAAAAGAAAGUAAAAGUACUUUGGAAUGGGUUGGUGGGGGUAUGUCAUAAUGUAAUAAAACCCAAUGAUUAUUGA